AUGUGGACAAAAUCCAGGAAAACAAACAGCAGCACCAUCCGUUCAGGGAAACACAGGAAGUGUGGAGAACACAAGGGGUGGACUCACACCGGCUCUAACAACACAUCAGGUUUCAGCUUCUCGACCCAACGCUGCCAAGACAGGAGGUCCAGCGGUAUCCCAGAAUUCCCUGCAGACAUAUUUAAAUCCAGCUGUGAGCUGGAAAAGGAGAACGCUCAUUUCGUGGUGGUGGACUUGGUUCUGGAGGUGCUGGAAGGGGUUAAAUCUACCAAGAGCUUCAACAGGUGGUUUUCAAACAUGAACAGAAAAGCAAAUAAUAAAGAACGCUGUGGAAAAACACCCUGGAGUUCAGAGGAUACACUGAGAUGGAAGGGAGGUGGAGCUGAGAAACACAAAACCAGAGUCAGAGGAGGAGACUUCAGGACUACACACAGAAAAACACACAGUUCUGAAGGAUCUGGAAAACAGCUGCACAUACAGGAUGAAGAAAAGAGGAAAGAAGAAGAGGAAGAGUGGGAGCCAGGGACUAAUGAAGCUGAGCAUCAACCAAAAACAUUCUCCGUCCUCUCCAAUGACAGCGGAUUUGAAGAUUAUGCAGAUUCCAACCUGCUGACACACAGACAAGCUCCCAUAAGUGCAGAGUGGCUGGCGCAGCAGCUGGUGUUGGAGUUCAAGAGGAACUGGUUUCCAUCUCGUCAGCUUCGGCGAGAUCGACUGAGUCUGCGCAGUUCACUACAGGAGCUGCCUGGUACUGGAGGUGUGGUUUGCACUGGGAGUCUGACUGAGGAGAUCCGACAGAGGACCAGGAUGAGAGGAACCCUGAGCUGGACCCCCCCACGUUUCCAGAUCAUCUGCAGUGUUCAACCGACACACAGACGCAGUGCGGUGGUGGCCUUACAGCAGUUCCUGUGUGCAGGCUGUGGGACGGAGGUGGAGCCCUGA